UACACAAAACUACCGCUAAGAUGAAGUCCACAUUCGCCUUGGUGUUGUUCGCAAGCUGUCUAAUUGGAUUCCUGGUGGAUGCCUAUGACAACUAUGUCAGCGAGUCUUGCAUAACCGAUAAUGCUCUCACUGAACAGGAUAUCCAUAAUGUGAUGAUGGGCAAAUUGAGCCCCUUAUAUGCCAAUCAGAAUGUGAAGUGUGCUGCCAGAUGUGCGCUGAUCAAGGACGGUUUCAUGAAUAACAGCGGUGAACUGCUUAUGGAUAACAUAGCGAGGCAUUUUUUCGAUGCCCCCAAGGAAAACAUAGAAAGCGCUGUGGCUGUCUGUAACAAUAUUAAUGGUUCCGAUAUUUGCGAUAGGGCCUUCCAGACCCUAAUCUGCAUGGAGAAACUUGCCAUACAAUUCGCCAGUGAGUUGUAGUUGUUAAAGUGAUUCGGGGCUGCCAGUUGAGCACAGAUUUUAGUCACAAAAAUGCACACAAACAGAUACAUUGGCUCUCAAUUAAAUACAGCAAAAUAAAUGUAUUUAGUAAUGCAAA